AUGGGCUCCCUAAUUGCCAAGCUCCUUCUGCCAACUCUCAGCAGCCUGGCUUUCCUCCCAACCAUCAGCAUUGCAGCCAAGCGGCAAUUCCACAUGGAGGCCAUGGUCUAUGUCUUCACCAUGUUCUUUGUUUCGAUGUUCCACGUGUGCAAUGGCCCUGGUUUAUCCAUCCUGUGCUUCAUGCGAUAUGACAUCCUGGAGUACUUCAGCAUCUUUGGGACGGCUUUGUCUAUGUGGGUGUCACUGAUGGCCCUGGCAGAGUUUGAUGAACCAAAACGAUCCACCUCUGUGAUGUUUGGAGUGCUCACCAUAGCUGUCAGGAUCUACCAUGAUCGGUGGGGAUAUGGUGUCUACUCAGGACCAAUUGGGACAGCUGUUCUUAUAAUCACUGUGAAAUGGUUGCAAAAAAUGAAAGAGAAAAAAGGGCUCUAUCCAGAGAAGAGUGUCUACACACAACAGAUUGGGCCUGGCUUCUGCUUUGGUGCCCUGGCUUUGAUGCUGCGGUUCUUUUUUGAGGAAUGGGAUUACACCUACGUCCACAGCUUCUACCACUGUGCCUUGGCCAUGUCAUUCAUCUUCCUGCUACCCAAGGUGAACAAGAAAGCAGGCAAUGGGGGGACUCCAGCCAAGCUGGAUUGUUCAACGCUGUGCUGCUGUGCUUGA